AUGACCGAUAGUCAGUCACAGCAAUAUCAAUCGUCUUUGCAGUCUUCGCAACAAGCCCAGCAGCCACUUUCUUUGGACGAUAAUUCCACAAUGCAGCCAACCAAUUAUGUUGGUUUUGACACAAUUACAACUCAGAUCGAGAACCGGUUGGUUAAAAGAGGCUUUGUUCUGAAUAUCAUGUUAGUCGGAGCUUCUGGACUCGGCAAAUCAACUUUAGUCAAUACUUUAUUCAGUGCACAUCUCGACGAAUCGUGCGGAAGAAACACUGUCUACGAUCCAGUGGAGCGUACGACCGAAAUUAAGGUCACAUCACAUGAUUUGGUUGAGAAUAAUGUCGUCUUACACCUCAACAUUAUUGAUACUCCAGGCUUUGCUGAUCAGAUCAACAAUAACCGUUGCUGGGAUCCAAUACUCAGGUACAUCAAGGAUCAACACAACCAAUACUUGAGAAGGGAGUUGAAUGCCGACAGGGAAAAAUUCAUUAAGGACACACGUGUUCACUGUGUUUUGUAUUUCAUCGCACCAAACUACUAUGGCCUAACAAACUUGGACAUCCAGGUUUUGAGAAGAUUGUCCGAGGUUGUCAACGUCAUUCCUGUGAUAGCCAAGGCCGAUACUUUGACGUUGGACGAACGGGCAAAUUUGAAGAAGGUGCUCCAGGAGCAAUUCGAGCAGUACGGGCUUAGAAUGUAUCCUUAUAAUGAUGAUACUGGAAGCCGUCUUACACCGGAAGAGACACAAUUCAACAAGGAUAUUCGCUCAAUGCUUCCAUUUGCAGUUGUUGGUUCCGAAGAAGUCAUAAAGACCGCCAAAGGUGAGGCUGUGCGUGGCAGAAGAACGAAAUGGGGUGUUAUAAAUGUUGAAGAUGUCACUCAAUGUGAGUUUGUUUAUUUGCGAGACUUUUUGACCAGAACGCACUUGUACGAUUUGAUUGAGACUACAGCUUUACAGCACUAUGAAACCUUCAGAACAAAGCAGCUUACUGCCCUUAGAGAAAAUGUUGGGGCAAGAAAUGCGUCCUCUCCAUCUCAGAUGCUGCCAAGAUCUCAAUCCCAGGUUCCAUCUGCUCAUCAGGGAUAUAUUCCACGUAAUUAG